AUGGGUUGCCUGAGAUACCUCUGGGCAGGUGCCACACUACUGGUGCUCACUGCAUUCCUCUUUUAUGAUCUUGUUGGCCAAUUCCAGCUCGGCCGCCGCCCAGGCCGGCAGUGCCCGACAGACACUCCCACCAAUGCCGGGGCGUGGCCCGGCGUGCCGUUCGGGUUGAAACAUGAACUGACUCCCACCGGAGCCGCCGUAACACCUACACAUGGACAUCAUGAACAUACCGCCGUCGAGGUCGCCCCCGCGCCCACACCAAAGCAAAUCAAGAUCCACCCGAGUCGCAACUGGGCCGGCGCCAUGAACUCCGACCCUCCAUCUGGGCGCUUCGCGGCCGCCAAGAUGAGGUUCACCCUGCCCGGGCUUCUCCGGGCCGACGUCGUCCAGCCGGCCGCGGACUACUACGCGGCCAACGCCUGGGUGGGAAUCGACGGGUGGUCUCACCAGACGGCGAUCCUGCAGGCAGGCGUCGUCAUGCAGGUGAACAAGACCGUCUCGGACGAGCUCGUCUUCAAGCCGUGGUUCGAGUGGUGGCCAGAGCCGGCCGUCUUCUUCGACAUACCGAUGGGGCCCGGCGACGAUAUCAAAAUAGAGGUCGUCAUGUUCAACGCGACCUCGGGCAAGGUCCUCCUGGAGAACAAUUCCCGGGGCGAGUGGGUGAUACGCAAGCUGAUGUCGCCCCACCCGGACGUCCCGCUCGCGGGGAAGACGGUCGAGUGGAUCUUGGAGGACUUCAAGCUCGCCCGAGGGCCGAAUGUGCCCCUUGGCGACUUCGGGACCCUGGAGUUAAGGGACUGCGUGGCAUACACGAGCGCGGACGAGAAGGUCGGCCCUGACCCAAGCCAGCCUUUCUGGAUCCGGCAGGACAAUGUUACACGGGCGAGGUCUGCGGUAAAUGGGAGCUCUGUCACCAUAGAGUACAAUCGCAGUCUCUGA